GACUGAUCCCACUAAAAGCACCUCUGGCCCCUCCUGGCUCUCAGCCUGGGUGGUGCCUACCUCUCACAGAGGUCUGGCCACCUGGCGCUCUACCUGGGGAGCUCUCUGCUGUUGACUGGGAGAAUACCCAGGUGGAGAUGCGACCCAGCCCUCCACGUCCCACCUGCCUUCUCCCCCUUCCCAGGAACCUUCAGGACAGGGUCACCCAAGUCCAGAGCCUGGGAGCCCCUGGCCACUUCCCCAGCCAGCACUGGGAUCUCCAGCCUCCACCACGUCUGGAGAUCCCACGUCCCCUGACAGGGGACCAUGGAAGGGAUUCCCAUCUGAACAACAAAACCGCGGAGCAGAGAAUCCACAUUUCUCAGAUCCAUCAGAGAAUUGCCGUCAUACAGCACAUGCUGCCCCCAAACCAGAGAGACAGGCAGGUGGACACUGAGAACCACAGCUCACUGGAGCAGAGGCUGCUGCUGGAGCCCCAUGGGAAGGAACAUGGAAAGGGGAAUGAACUGGGGAUAGAGGGAAACUCAUUUUCAUCCAGCUCAGUGGAAUCCUCUACUGAAGUCCUGAGAAGCACACACUCAACUGUGAGGAAGACAGCUGCUGGGGGUCAGCUAGGCCCAUCUCUUCUCCAAGAACUGACCCCCUCACAGGGAUUGCCCUGCCUUUUGCCCCAAGGAAGCAGAGCAUUGAUUUUGGGAUGUAAGACCAGCACCCAAAGCUGCCAGCCAGGGCUGAGUGGGCACCUAGGGAGUAGGGUGGGGACAGAGUGGACAGAACAGAGACACUGACUGCAGUGUGAGAGGCCAGUAGAGAUCCAAAGAGAUCAGAGACAGGGAGGAAGAGAGACACUCAGAGAGGGACCCAGGAGGGAGAGGAACACUCAGGGACACAGAAGGGACAAGGAGGGAGAGGGACUUACAGAUGGACACAGGAGGGACAGGGAGGGAGGGAGAUACAGAGAUGGACACAGGAAGGACAGGGAAGGAGAGGGACAUGGGAGGGACAGGGAGGGAGAGGGACACUCAAAGAUGAACACGGGAGAGUCAGGUAGGGAGAGGGACACUCAGAGAUGGACAUGGGGGAAAAGGAGGGAGAGGGACUUGGGGAC